ACAUUACAGUAAAAAUACAUAUUUUAAUUUAUUUUACCAUCACCAAAACAGAUUAAAUGUUGCGUACCUUGGGUGUUAACCUUAUAAAAUGCCGGCGCCCUAUUACUGCUGAUUCAUUCGUUAGCAAUUAUUGCCGUAUCUCUUCAAAAACUAUUCAGUCUAAAACAGCUGUAUCGACAAAAAGAAUUAGCGAAAUGACUACUAUUGAUAAGUCAAAUUAUUUACUGCCCAAUAAUCAACGAUUUGUGGAAUUAGACAGUUCGCAGGCAUUUAAUAAUCUAACAAAACAGGAAAAGUUAUAUGCACAUUACUUGAGUCAGGCGGCUUGGAAUGGUGGGCUUAUAGUACUUAUGCAGACAAGUCCAGAAUCUCCUAGGAUCUUCUCUUUGUUGCACAGAAUUUUUGUUGGAGAGCCACUGGAAAAAUUGAGAGAAUCUGCUUUAAAAGCUGGAGUAACCGAGGAUGAUUUCCAGGCAUUCCUUGUUUAUGCUGGCGGUUUGUUCGCCAAUAGUGGAAACUAUAAGGGUUUUGGCGAUACAAAAUUCAUUCCAAAUUUAUCUAAAGAAUCUUUUGAGAGUAUUGUGAAGGCUUCUAAAGCCUAUGAGAAUGAUACAACACAUAUCACGAAAUUGUGGCAAAACACGCAGAAUGCUAUUUAUAGUUUAACACCUAGACUUACCAGUCUUGGUUUGGCUGAUAAGGGUAUUACAACAUAUUUUUCAAGUAAUUGCACUGAAGCAGACUCAAAUUUGGUGAAUGAUUGGAUGAAGACCAAACGUUUAGAAGCAUAUAUUUGCCGUACAUUUAAGACUGUCGCAGAUGAUGGAUUAUCAUUGUUUACGGUUCACUUGGCGAGUGUACAAACAACAUCGAAAUCUCAAUUAACUCUGGAUAAAGAGAAAUACAAGGGCGCGUAUUUUCAAGUCACCCGCGGAGACUAUUCGCCUUUGCUAAAAAUAGUCAAUGAAAAUCUGGCCAAAGCACAACAAUAUGCAGCUAAUGAUAAUGAAAGGAACAUGCUGAAACAUUAUAUAAACAGUUUUAACGAAGGCGAUUUGGAAGAGCAUAAAGAAGGUAGCAGAUUCUGGAUCAAAGACAAGGGACCUAUUAUUGAAACAUAUCAAGGCUUUAUAGAAACCUAUCGGGAUCCAAGCGGGCAGCGUGGAGAGUUCGAAGGCUUUGUGUCAAUGGUCAAUAAAGAGAUGUCAAAGAAGUUCGGCAUUCUAGUAGAUGGUGCAGAGCGUUUUAUCAAACUCUUGCCAUGGGGCGAGGACCUCGAAAAAGACACAUUCCUCAGACCGGAUUUUACCAGCUUGGAUGUACUCACCUUCUCUGGCAGUGGAAUACCGGCCGGCAUUAACAUUCCAAACUACGAUGAGAUUCGUCAAAACGAAGGUUUCAAGAACGUAUCCCUGGGUAACGUGAUACCCGCCGCAUACAAGGAAGCCAUUAUACCAUUCUUGUCUGAAGCCGAUAAACGACUACUUGAGAAGUACAGAGUCGCCGCUUUCGAGUUGCAAGUAGGAUUGCACGAGUUGUUGGGCCACGGCAGUGGCAAACUGCUGCGGCAGAAUGCCGACGGUAGCUUCAACUUCGACCAGAAGAAAGUCAAAAAUCCACUCACAGGAAAGUUAAUAGAAUCAUGGUACUCUGAAGGCGAGACAUAUGACAGCAAGUUCACCACUUUGGGCUCAGCAUUCGAGGAGUGCCGCGCUGAAGCUGUUGGCUUGUACCUGUCUUUAGAGCCAGAAAUAUUGAAGAUCUUUGGGCUUGAAGGCCAGGAAGCAGAAGAUGUUACAUAUGUGAACUGGUUGAGUUUAUUGUGGAAUGGCGCUGCGAAGGCCACAGAGAUGUACCAACCUUCCACCAAAACUUGGUUACAGGCGCACGCGCGAGCCCGUUUUGUACUCAUGCGACUUUUGGAGUUGGAAGGCAACGGGAUGCUAACCAUAACAGAAUCGGAACCUGGCAAGAACUUAUUGGUCACGCUACAAAAGGAUCGUCUGGCUACGGACGGAAAGAAAAUUAUCGGUGACUUCCUAGUAAAACUGCAAACAAUUAAGGCGACAGGUGACGCGGCAGGCGGUGAACACUUGUUCGAAAAGUACAGCCGCCUAGAUGGCGUCUGGUCUCGCUGGCGUGACAUAGUUAUGUUGCACAAGCAACCGCGUAACAUAUUUGUGCAGCCCAAUACAAUUCACAAGGAUGAUAGCGCUGAACUAAAACGUUACCCGGCGAGUGCAGAAGGCAUGGUCGCAUCAUGGGUGGAACGCUUCCCACGCGCGGGCGUUGACGAUGUUCUCGAACAACUGGCAGAGGCCGACGGCAAAUAUUUUACGGAACUACAGACACUUGCAGCCGCAUAAUCUAUAUAACUGAAUUUUCAUAAUAUACUUAUUUACUUCUGUGUAUUAAAAUUAUUUCGUUACGACAAAGCAAUUAUCUUCUCUAUCCCAGAACAUGAAUUCAAUUUUAUAUAGCUAUUUUAUUCAAUUAAAUGAAAAUUAUAUAAUAUUCAUUUAAUUGAUGUGCUAAGAAGACGUCCUGAAAUCACAAUCAAAAUACCAGCCUUAGGAUGUAAUAAAUGCAAACACGCGUGAUAUGGGAAAAUACAAAAACGUACUGAUUUUAAAAAAGCCUCCCCCUUCCCGUACCGAGUGUAUAGCCCGUUUGUAAAUGUGCCAAAAUUACGCAAAACUCUUUAUAAAGCUAGAGGAGUAAUGCAGUUUGUAUUAUUGUAAUAAGUCGAGGUCAUAACUUAUACUCAGUCAUAAUUUAUACUUAUAAAUAAAAAUCCGUACUUCAACUAUAUAAUUUAUUCACAUUCAAUACAAAACAUGUGUGAUCGUAAUUUUAAUAUUAAUCAAAUAAUCACAGAUGCUGCGCAAUCACAUUUACAGUAACUAAUAAGAAAAAUAUUAAAACUCGCUACACACCAAUAAAUAAUUUCAAUUCUAGAAAAAAUAAAUAGAUCGAGAUGUAGAAUAUGUCAAUCAGAUGUAAAAUUAUUGCUUUUGCAAUAUUAAAUCGCAGUCAAUUUAUUUGAAAAAUAUGUGAAGUGAGUUAUAGCAACGAACAUAAAUAUAUCAACUGGUAUAUAAUACUAUUUGCUCGGAUGACGAUCUUGUUACACAGAUCUACAAAACAUAAUACAUACUCAAAACCGUUGCUAAAUGACACGCGUUUGCGUAAGAAAUUAUAAUACGUUCAAUCUAUAAAUACAAGUUACACCUAACGAAAUCGUCUAAGCACCAUUCUAUUCGAUAACCGAUGUGACUUAGCAUCAAUACUAUAUGAUUAUGAUAAACAUUUAAACUUAAACUUGACUUAGGGUCGCAUAAAUAAAAUGUAAAUUGAUAAAAACUAUAAAAAAUUAAUAUUAAUUAUAUUGAGUAAAACAUAUUUGUGCAAACACACACAUAAAAUCGUGUCAUUUUAUUUAUUUAAAUAAAAUGGACUAAUAUCAAAUCCAGUCACUUAUAUUUUAUAAAGGCACGUAAGAAUCAAUUUACAAUAAACGAUUAACAAAGAAAAUCUGUUCUUUAUGAAAUAUAAUAUAUUUUUAUUUUAUUAAUCGGUAUUUAUAUAUCAUUCUAGUAACUUCAUUCAGCCUUAGGCUGUCGAAAAUAUGUUGCAGCCACUGCAAUUUUAAACAAAGCUAACAAAGGAAUAUAGAAAUUAAUAUGAUUUAAAUUCUUAUUUUUAUAAUUUUAGGAAUCUGUAAAUCGGUACUAUUAUUACAUUUGCUCUCUGUAGUCUAUAUUAUAAGCCAUUACAAUAUUUUUCCAAUAACUCUAGUACGUAAUUUCGACGGAGAUUCAUUCUUGUAGUAUCUACGUUUGUCACUAAA